AUGCUAAAAUCACAUUUUCUCAAUUACUUUGUUCUUUGUUGUGAGGCAGAUGAAAAGUAUUUCGAAUCAGAUAUUAUCAGAUGCAAAGAUGGCUCCAAAUCAUUCCACAGAGACCGUCUCAACGACAACUUCUGCGAUUGUCUCGACGGCACCGAUGAGCCUGGGACUUCAGCAUGUCCAAAUGGCAAGUUCUACUGUAGGAACAUAGGAAGUUCACCAAAGUUCGUUUACUCUUCUCGUGUAAACGAUGGAAUCUGUGAUUGCUGUGAUGGAAGUGAUGAGUACGAAAGUAGCAUUGGUUGUCCCAACACAUGUGUAAUGGGUGGUAAUGUUAACUACAUCUACAAACCUAGAACCAAACUUAAAUCUGUCGACAGGAAACUCGGUUCUACUACUUCUUUAAAGGAUUCUAAUACCUUUGUGAAUCUUCAGGACAUGUUCAAGAAUCUCCAAGGUAUGAAGCUAGUCUUCGCACUUCAGCUGGUUUUGAUUGGUUUCUUGCUGAUCUUGUGGAUGCUAAGGCGUCGUGCUCGGUCUAAGAGGAGACGCAAGAAUCUACCUCUUAUUAGAUCAGCUAACUAACUUCUUUAAGUUUCUUGAAGCUUUUACAAGGAACCUUUAUGCUAAAAUCACAUUUUCUCAAGUGUCAUUAUAUAUAGUUAGUUGAAACUGUAUUAACUUUGGAUCAUAAUUCUCUUGUUCGUCUUUACAUCCUCAUAAACCAAAGUAGGUACUGAUGAGUUAAUCACAUCUAGAUGAUCUCAUGAUAUGCAUGUAUUUUCUAGAAAUGGAGAUUAUGUUAAUUGAUUGUAUUUCAUAGACUAGAUUCAGGAUGUAGAUUAUGUCAUAGGUGUAUCUGUAAUAUUCCCUCUUUGGCGUAAAAUUAAUGAUCUUUCAAGACAGCAAUCAUGUUUGUAAA